AUGGCUGCGAACGUGGACGCGGCGAAAGUGAAUAUACCUGCAGAGACAGAUGCAGCGAAGGUAGGCAAGAGCGCUGCUGGCGAUUCGACUGCCGCAGCUAACGCUGCGCCCGGUAGCUCUGUCAAGGACACUCCAAAAGCAGACGAUCAGCUUGCAAACGGCGGGGAAGCCGGGAAAGUGGGGAUGGCUGCCGGAGGCGGGAAUAAUGCAGGGGAACCGCAAGCGAAUGGCGAGACUGUUGUAAUCGCGGACGCUGAGAAAACGGAACCCGUUAAAGCGGAAGCGACUAAGCCGGAAGCCGCGAAGGCAGAAGCGGGUGCGGAGGCGAAGAAGGUGGACGCGGAAAAACCGGAAACCGAGAAAGCAAAGGCGGAAGAGAAGGCGGAAGCAAAGGUGGAAGAGAAGGGGGAAGCUAAGGCGGAAGCAAAGGCGGAAGAGAAGGGAGAGGCAAAGGCGGAACAGAAGGCGGAAGCAAAGGCGGAAGAAAAGGGGGAAGCGAAGGCGGAAGAGAAAACUGAAGCAAAGGGGGGAGAAAAGGCGGAAGCAAAGGCGGAAGACAAGGCGGAAACGAAGGCGGAAGAUAAGGGAGAAGCGAAGGCGGAAGAGAAGGCGGAAGCAAAGUCAGCAGAAAAUGGGGGCGCGGAAAAGGAGGAAGCUGAUAAGGCCGACACGGGGAAAGAGGAAGCGGAGAAGGCGGCGGAGAAGCCAGAAGCGGGGAAGGCUGACGUGGAGAUGGCGGAAGCGGAGAAGGCUGAAGCGGGGAAGACGGAAGCGCCGAAGGCGGAAGCGGGAAAGACGCGGAGGUCGCGGAGGUCUCAAGCCGCCGCUGGUGACGCUGAAACCACCAACUCGAAGAAGAGGAAAGCUGAAACCGUCGAAGAGGAGAAUGCCGCGGCGAAGGAAGACGCGGCGCCGCCGGUAAUCGAGGCGCCGCCGACAGGCGAGCUGCCGGAAGGCGAGGGCCCGACGUGCUUCUGCGACGCGGCGGAGGGGGAGGAGGGGCGGGAGGUGGAGGAAAAAGCGGAGGGGGAAGCAGCGGCUGUGUCGCCGGGUGACGCGGCAGAGGGGAAGAAAGAAGAGGGCAAAGAGGGCGCGGAGAAAGCGAAGGAAGCGGAGAAAAAGGACGGAGACGGGGAGGCGAAGGCGGAGGGGGAGGGGAAGGCGGAGGGGAAGGGGAAGGUGACGCGGAAGCGACUGGCGGUGGUGCGGACGGUGACGGCGGCGGCGAACGAGAACAAGGGGCUGCGGUACUGGACUUGCGCCAACUACCAGCCGCGCCACUUCAAGCGCCCCCGCCACGCGCGCAAGGGCGCGCGCCACGCGGCGGCGGAAGGGGACGAGGCGGAGGAGAAGAAGGAGGUCACGCGGUGCAAUUUCUUCAGGUGGCUGGACACCCCGCGUGUGACCAAGGAGGAGAAGGCCGCAGCGGCGAGGGAGAAGCGGCGCAAGAGAGAGCUGGCACUGCUCGCAUGA